CCUCUGUUCUGUUUGUUCUCUUCUCACCCCCCUCCCCGUGACUCUCCUCCUUCCCUCCUCUCAAUUUCUUUUUCUUUUAAUUAUUACUCCCUAUUUAUAUUUAAAUUUAAACCGCUAUUUAUCUCCCCAGAUAUUUUCUCUUGCACUUCUGCCUCAUCUGCAUAUUCAUCCAUGUAGUAUAAGAUUACAUUUCGAUGAGUCCAAGGUAGAUUUUUGAGGUUUUGUAAUUGUAAUUGUAAUUAAUUUAAACCCUCAAUUUUUUUUUGGGAUUUUAUAAAGGCUCUGGUAUCUUCUAGGCUUCCAAAAAAGUUUUUGUUGUUAUAGUACUUCACACUUUUUAGGGUUUAGGGUACUUCACCUUCAACUUGUAGCUCUCCGAUGCCCAGUAUUUUGUUGCCAAUUGUUGUUUCUGGGUAUUGAGUAUUGGCCAAUGGGUUUUAGCCAAAAAUAUGUGUGAAAGUGUGAAACUGUUUUGAGUUGGAUUCAUUUCUGGUUUCUGGUUUCUGGUUGCUCUGUUUUCUGGUAAUAAUGCUUUCUUCUUUGAGUGGGGGAGGGAUAGCCUAUAAAUUGGAGCUUGAGAUAAUAAGGUCUCCAUCUACGUCAUGGGCGUCGCAGUCGUCUUCGCCGUCGUCGACUCUCUCGGAGAACAGUAAUUCUCCGGUUGCAAUCUCCACCAGGAAGCCUCGGACGCCUCGGAAGCGGCCGAACCAGACCUACAAUGAAGCCGCGGCUCUUCUGUCCACGGCGUAUCCGAAGAUAUUCUCGGCGACGGUGAGAAACCCGCCUGGAAAAUUCACGCGACCUAACCAGUCCUUUUCCGGUUCCUCCUCCGACCUCCUCCUGCCGUUCUCCGCUCUAGACGGCGGUUGCGAUGGCUUCCUUCUGCAAUCGCCGGUUGAGCGGAUCCUGAACCGACACCCUGCCGCUCCUCGCAAAUUGCUCGCCGGCUGCGGAAGCCCUAGGGAAAUCGACUCGAAUUCGCGGCUGAGAUUCGAGGAUUGCGAUGAAUUUGAGGAGGAUUUUGAGUCGGAAUCGAUUUUGGAUGAGGAGAUUGAAGAGGGAGGGAUCGAUAGCAUCAUGGGGAAGCUCAACGAGAGCAACGAUUCGGCGCGGGAGGCGGAAUGGAUGAGCGCCUGUUACGGAUUUCCGAUUGGGAUGGGAUUUAAGGCCAUAAAGCAAGCCGAGAAUGGAGAUUGGUGGAGAUUUCCGGUCGCGAGCAUUAACGUCGCCGACAUCACCCCGAAAACCGAGAAAUCUCCGGCGCCGGCGACGGAGAAGAAGAAGAAGAAAAAGAAAGUUGAAAAGCCGGCUGAAUUUAGGGUUAACGACAAAGAGUGCUCAUCUUCUUCAGCUCAAAGUGCAUCCAAAGAGGAAUCUAGCAAUCCGAAGGCGAAAUCGGCCGGUUUGCUCCUGAAAUUGAACUACGACAGCGUUUUGUCGGAGUGGACGGACCGCCCGUCGCCGUUCUCCGAUGAAAGUCCGUGCUCCGACGCUGCCGGAACUGAUGUCCAAGCUAGAUUGGCACAAAUAGACUUAUUCUUAGAGAGCGGAGUGAGAGAAGCGAGUGUAUUGCGUUACAAAGAAAAACGACGUACGCGCCUCUUCUCUAAGAAAAUUAGAUACCAAGUCAGAAAAGUCAAUGCCGAUCGACGACCUAGAAUGAAGGGGCGUUUCGUGAAAAGUCCAAAUUCUCCCGACGAUAGCGAGCAAGGAUGAUGACCUAUAAUCCAGCAGGCAUGUUUCAAUUAGUUAGGAUGGAUUUUGGUCACCACAUUCCUUGGCAUCUGUACUUUUUUGUUUAUUCUUCUCGAUUAUGCUACUAUUUUAUUUAUUAUCAUUAUUUGCCUAAUUUUGUUUUUGGACAUAUAUAUUGAGCAAGGAUGAUAGACCGGUUGCUAAGAGAUCAAGCAGAUUAAAUGAUCAAUAAUAUAUAGUCCAAAACUCAGUUUUCCCCAUCUUGAUUUCGUAAUAUAUUCCUCUUUCUCCUGA